UCCCAUUUAUUCUAAAGAAACUUUAACGUUAAGUUAAUCCUUUUCUUGCUACGGCUCACUGAGAGUUUGCUGGCUUAAGAAGAAUUUAGAUUAUCCAGGUUUUCAAUAGAGAGAACCCAUUUGAAUACAUUAAAUGCAUAUAAAAUACACACACCAAUAUAUUGUUUGAUGUUUAGUUUGCGAAUAGUGGUUAACUUUGUGACAGAGAACAACAAUUAGCGGCCUGUUGUGUUUGGGAACUUGGAAUUUCGUCGUUCCUAGUAGGAAAAAUCCAUUGGUAUAACCAGUGGGGAUUCUUACUUACAACGUUGGAGAGCUCUCCCUCCAACUCUGACCUCAAAACCAUAAAAUGAAUAGAAAUGUGCUUCAACAACACCAGAGGGGUUUCCCCACUCGCAAGUGGCGCGUGGUUAAGCUAGGUGUGGCAUCCCCAGAUCUCAGUCCUGAGACGCUUGUAGUUACUCUAGCCAGGUUACGGUUUCGGUGUUACAGCGCUGUUGAUAUCCAUUCACUUUCCGUGAAAACAGAGGAACCAGUAAUAGCAGCUGUUCGUGUUUCUCUAAUGUAUUCCAAAUCAGAGCUCUGUAACACCCUUUCCCGAUGAAUGACGUGCCGUUAUAAAUCAGUUGUUGGAGCAGCAAAAUGCCCUUGAAGAAUGAAUCCACAUUCCACUGUGUGAUGCCAAUUAAAAACGCUGACGCAGAGGUCUGGUGCUUCAGGAGAAAUGUCUUUUGAUCAUCACACCAAAAGGCCAGAUCACUUGAGCAACACAAUGGAUGUCUCAGUCGCUGUGACCUUUCAGAAAAGAAGCAUGGCGGUUCUUGACUACAUCUUGAAGAGGUCUCAUCGCUGUGAAAUACUGCACAUGUGCAAUGUCCAGUUGAGGUAGUAUUUGAUGAGAUGAGGCAGAGAGAGAAAAUGCUACUUGCUAGAAUGUGCUUCUACUAUACUUCAAGCAAGAAUGGAGACAUCAUGAUGUAACUGAUGUGAAAAACGCCAGAGGGUAACAUUUGUCACAAACGAAUGAACAAGGUUAGUUCAUUGUUGGCAACCAACAUUCUACGGUGUUUUCUGACAGCCACAAUGAAAACUAACUCCAAAGUUAGCUGGAAACUUGAGCCAACAUUCCUCAAACAAUGUGUAAAUAUAAAUUUAUAAGCGAAGUGACACAUGGUGCAGCUGUAAAACUGCAGCCCGUUACAGAGAAUUAGCUCUCGGCGCCCGUGGUAUCCUUAGCUCAAGACUUUUGCUGCAUUUCUUUCUCACAUCUUCUAUCCGUUUCUGGUCUCAUAAUUGUAAAUAAAAGCCAUUAGUGGUGCAAACUUAAUAAAAAAAGAAUAAAUAGAAAGUUUAACCUUUAGCCAACAUUGAAUAUUCAUGGAAAAGUUAGCUGUGAAAUUUAGCCAACUUCAAAUUAAAGGUUAAAUGGGUUCCCCAAUAAAUGGCUAAAGGUUACUGAAAAGUUACUGUAAUCUUCAGUGAAUGUUUUCUAAAUACCGUCAAAUUGUUAUUUAAAUGUUAGCUGAAAACUUUAGCUAAUGUUCUCUAAAUACCGUCAAAUUGUUAUUUAAAUGUUAGCUGAAAACUUUAGCUAAUGUUCUCUAAAUACCGUCAAAUUGUUAUUUAAAUGUUAGCUGAAAACUUUAGCUAAUGUUCUCUAAAUACCGUCAAAUUGUUAUUUAAAUGUUAUCCCAAACCUUUAGCUAAUGUUGUCUAAAUCCUGCACAAAGGUUUGCUAUUCUAAACGUUACUUCUAACAUCUGGUUAGCAUUCUCUGAACACUAGCCAAAGCUUACCUAAACAUUAGUUGAAACCUUUAUCCAAUGUUCUCCAAUAGCUGCUCUGGCUAAAGGUUAGCUUUAACCUUUAGCCAGAGCUAACCGUUAGCCUUUAGCUAAAGGUUAGCUUUAACCUUUAGCCAUUGUUCCCUGAACACUGAUUAAGGGUAAUUAAACGUUGGCAGUAACCUUUACACAAUGUUCUCCAAACACUGAUAAGACAUUAUUUAAAAGUUAGCUGUUAAUCUUUGGUGUGCUUAAAAGUUAACCGUAAUUAUAGAAAAUGCUACCAAUGGGAAAUUAGUGUAAGGCUGCGUUGAUAUUGAUCCAUGUGACUGUGUCCCUACUCAUCAGAUACACUUAAUUUAACUAACACAACAUGCGACUUACAAAUUGUUGCCAAUUGCAAUAAAAAUGAGGCAAAAGCUUAAGGAAAAAAUGCAAAAAUGUAUGAAAGAUAUGUUUUAAUUUUCAAACUUGAUUCAAAAUAGAGAUCAGAAAAUGCAAUUACAAAAAUGUCCCAAUUUGCAUAAAAUUGAUCCUUUCGGAAUGUGUUUACUGAUAAAGCUGAAUGGGAAAAUGUCUUUCUUUCUCAAUGGAAUAUGCAUGCCAGCUAUAUUGCACGCACCCACACACACACACGCACACCCACACACACACGCCCACACAUUAUCAGGAGUGUUCUCUCCCCUCUGCCCAGCUUGGGAUUUGCUGGUCAGUGACAUGCCUCCCUCCGCCUGGCUCUUUACAGCCCCUGAGGAGGCAGGAAUACCGGACGAUUGGUACGGACAUCGCCGACAGCAACCGCAAACAAGAAAGUUUUCCCUUUAAACACCGUCUCAUGACCGUUUCAGAGAGACUGGCUCUCCGGGCGGACUGAGCCGGAGGCUGAUAACCCUCCGAGGCGGUGACUCGGUGACAAGGAGAACUGGGGGACGGAGCAGAAAACCGGCUGCAGAGCCUGAACCGCUGCUGUCUUACCUGUCCACAGCUCUGAUCGUCGGACCACUGAGCUGAGCCCUGUGGACUCUUCCUCCAGCUGAGGACAUGCGUCGUCUGCCUCUGGCCUCCGUCUUCGUGUUCCUCUGGCUGGCCGAGAGGAGCCACAGCACCGGCAGCUUUCAGGACAGCAUGCGGGAGCUCCACAACCGCUUCGCCGUCAGCCUCUACCAGACGCUCACCGAGACGGAGAACCGCUCCAACCUGAUCGCGUCCCCAGCGAGCGUGUCCCUGUCCCUGGCCCUGCUGCAGCUCGGCGCCAGGGGCAACACCCGGGCUCAGCUGGAGGGAACGCUGGGAUACAACGUGAACGAUGCUCAGGUGCGAGACUUCCUGUUGCACGCCCAGGGCGACGUGAGCAACAGCAGCCAAGCGGCGUGGCUGCAGCAGACCUGCAUGCUGUUCGUCCAGAGCGGAGUCCGACUCCUGGCCGAGUUCACGCAGCAGGCCGCCGCCUGGGUCGACACCAGCGUGGUGCGAGCCAACUUCAGCCAACCGGGUCACGCCCGCAGCCAUUCAGAGCCAACGGGACACGGCCACGACGGGUCGGGGUCUCUCCAGUCAGGAAGCAGCAGCGGGGAGCUGUCCGGCUCCGGCGAAGCCCAGGCAGAAGCCCUUUGGUGGGGACAACGGCCGCAGGUGGCUCUGGUCAACACGGUGGCGUUCAGGGGCGUCUGGCAGAAGCAGUUCAUGUUCGGCAGCACCCAGAACCUGCCAUUCAUCCUGUCUGACGGGAGCGCCAUCAAGGUGCCCAUGAUGUACCAGGCUGGAGAGGUCAGCUUUGGUCAGUUCAGGACAGCAUCGGACCAGCGCUACACCGUGCUGGAGCUGCCGUACCUGGGCCGCGCCCUGAGCCUGCUGGUGGUCCUGCCCAGCGAGAGGAAGAGCCCGCUGUCUUCCCUGGAGUCCCAGCUCACCGCCCGCCAGCUGGCCUCCUGGGAGUCCGGCCUGCGGAGGACCAAGAUGGACAUCUUCCUGCCCAGAUUCAGAAUGCAGAACAAGUUCAGCCUGAGGUCAGUGCUUCCUGCUCUGGGCGUCAGUGACGCCUUUAACCCGACGGCAGCCGACUUCACGGGGAUAUCAGUGGAAGAGGGUCUUUAUGUGUCCGACGCUGUCCAUGAAGUCAGAAUAGAAGUUACAGAGGAUGGGACGAAGGCAGCUGCCGCAACAGCUAUGGUGCUACUCAAACGGUCGCGCGCUCCUGUUUUCAAGGCGGACCGGCCAUUUUUAUUUCUGCUUCGCCAGGUUGACACAGGUUCCAUCCUGUUUAUGGGCAGAAUAAUGAACCCAGCAGACCAAGUAAUGUAACCCUCCUCUGCGCCUCCACCCCCAAAUCGCACCAAUCUAUGCCAACCAGUUUCACCCUCGGUAUUUAUUUAUGGACCAAACGGAAGAUACAAGGACACUUCAGGAAGAGGGAUGUUAUUUUUGU